UUCAAUAGUAGGACAAUGGUCAGAAAGAACUCCUUUUAGUUCUUCUGCACAUAUUUCUUAUCGAGCAAGACAAGGAAACAUGAAAAAAACAGGACCAGUAGAAGAAGGAGGAAGAGGAGAAGGUGGAGGAGGCGACAACGCAGACAAUAUCUGCCAAAAUGAGAAGAGCCAGAGUUGGAUCCCCAAAAUCAUCAAGAAAAGAGUGUGCAGCACCUUUGUAGAAGAUUCUGUCAGUAAUGGUGCAUUGUGUCAGUGUGGGGCUGCGAGAGAUGACCAUGCCUCUGCAGCUCUUGGAGACUAUUUCAGCACAGCGAUUGUGAACCACUGGGAAAGCGUGCAGCACUCCUCUGAACAACCAACUGAUGCCUUUGGAGAGGUGCAGUUUGCAGGAGCCAGCAAGAGGCACAGCCAUUUUCUGCGUCUGUCAUGGAGCACUGAGCCUUCUUUGGUGUACAACAUAUUGACAACCAUUUGGGGUCUUCCUGCACCCAACCUGGUUGUUUCUGUUGUGGGUGGAAAUAGCAGAACACAGAUAAAGACCUGGGUACGGGAGAUCCUCAGACAGGGACUGGUGAAAGCGUCACAAAGCACAGGUGCAUGGAUAUUAACUACCGGUCUGCGCGAAAGGCUUGGUCGGUGUGUUGGACAGGCAGUGAGAGAUCAUGCAGCUGCGGCAUCUUCUGUCUCUCUCAACAAGGUGGUAGCACUGGGCAUCGCCCCGUGGGGUGUAGUGGAAAAACGAGAGCAGCUGGUCAACCCUCAGGGGAGCUUUCCUGCAAGGUACUAUGUCCAAAACAUAUCUCAGGAGUCCUGCUACCUGGACAACAACUACCAGGCCUUCCUGCUGGUGGAUGAUGGGAGUGUGGGCCGCAAAGGAGGAGAGAUAGGUUUCAGAGCCAGACUGGAGGAAUACAUUUCCCACCAGCGCACAGGCAUAUUAGGAAGUGGCAGCAUCGACAUCCCUGUUGUUUGUAUGCUGAUAUCAGGGGGAACAGACAUGCUGAAGAGAAUGGAUCUCUCUUUGAAAAACUCCAUCCCCUGGCUAGUGCUGGCUGGCUCAGGAGGCUUGGCUGACUUCCUGAGUGAUGUCUUGGAGAACCUGUCUCCAGCACCAGCUGUGCAGUCUUCUGGUGAAGGGGACAGUGAGGCGGGUCCCAGCGUGGAUCUUAAAGACAGAGUGGCAGAACGGUUUAAGAAGCACUUUCCUUCGGAGGCAAAGACUGAAAAGCUAGUUGAAUGGGCUUUUAGCAUUUACCAGAAUAGAGGUUUGAUUACAGUCUACCAUGGAGAACAAGAGAGUCCAAAUGACUUUGACACUGUCCUGCUUAAAACACUUGUGGGAGCAAGUAAGCAGCGUGCAUCAGUUGAUGCCAGCCCUUAUAGUGAUGAGCUAAAGUUAGCAGUCACAUGGAACAGGGUUGACAUUGCCAAGAGUGAACUUUUCAAUGGUGACAUCCAGUGGAAGUAUAAAGAUUUGGAAGACUCAAUGACAGAUGCCCUGAUCAAUGACAAGCCCCAGUUUGUUCGGCUUUUCACUGAGAAUGGUUUGAACAUCAUGCAGUACCUCACUUAUGGCAGGCUGGAAACCCUCUAUCGCUCUGUGCCAGAUGGGACCAUGCUCUAUCAGCUACUACAGCACUGCCUAGAGGAACGGCUGGGAAAUAUGGCAUCUGCACAACCAUCAUCAGAACAAGAGAGUUCAUCCUCAAAAGUGGCGGCAGAUAAGACUCAGAGAAGACCAAGGAGAGAGUUUACCCUUUAUGAGGUGUCAAAGGUCCUGAAAUUGUUAAUGGGUGAUGUCUGCCAGCCUUUCUACUAUAAAGCUUUGAGCUUAGAGUUGACUUCAUUUAAAAAGACAGCUAUGAAGCGUGCCAGUAAGAUUCUGCGUGGACAUUCUGUGUAUCAGCAGCAGCGCUGCCCUCAUCCCUGGGCUUCACUCUUCCUCUGGGCUGUACUGCAGAACCGCAGUGAGAUGUCCCUUUUCUUCUGGGAGAUGGCAGGUGAGGCAGUCCUGAGUGCUCUUGGUGGCUGUAAGAUACUCAGAGAACUGUCCAAACGGGAGGAUGAAACUGAAACCAAACUCUCCAUGAAAGAACUGGCCCAGAAGUUUGAGAACCUGGCUCAUGAUAUUUUCAGCUCUUGCUAUCGCAGUGAUGAAAACCGCUCUUUCAGCCUGCUGAUUAGAAAGUCUCCUGUCUGGGGUCACAGCACCUGUCUUCAGAUGGGUGUGAGCGCUGAUGCUCGGCUUUUCUUCAGUAAUGAUGGUGUACAGUCUCUGCUAUCUGAGAUCUGGUGGGGUGAUAUGAAGAGGAACACAGAGAUUUGGAAGCUUCUGCUCGCGUUCUUCUGCCCCAUCCUCUGCUACACCAACCUCAUCACCUUUAGGAAUCGAAACGAUCAGUUGGAAGAGGAGGAGAAGAUGCUUAUGGAGGAUGAGCUGGAUCAGGACACUGACAGUCUUUACGGGACCACUGUCUGCUCUUACUCUGACAUCAAGCAGCAUGAAGUUGACUCUAAAGGUCACAGGAGUGGUGCCAUUAAAGGUGUACCCCAACGACCGCCACAAAGUCCAUUCAUAGUGUCACGCUGGCGUCAAUUCUGGUUUGCACCGGUCACCUCAUUUCUGGGCAACGUCCUGAUGUACUUCCUGUUUCUCUUCCUUUUCGCCUACGUGCUGUUGGUGGAUUUCAAGCCCCCACCACCCUCAGGCCCAACUGGUACUGAGUGUGUGUUGUACUUCUGGGUAUUCACCAUCGUUUGUGAAGAGAUCCGACAGACACUUUUUUUGGGGAAGACCUGGACUCAAAGUUUCAGACUCUACAUUCAGGAUGUGUGGAAUAAAUGUGAUCUCACUGCCAUCAGCCUGUUCAUUGUCGGACUGAUUUGCAGGAUGUUUCACCGGUCACAUGAAUUUGGCCGAGAUGUCCUUUGUUUGGACUACAUGGUCUUCACCAUUCGCCUCAUUCACAUUUUUGCCAUUCACAAGCAGCUGGGACCAAAACUCAUCAUUGUAGGAAAGAUGAUGAAGGAUGUCUUCUUCUUCCUCUUCUUCCUGGGUGUGUGGGUCUUGGCAUACGGAGUUGCCAAUCAGGCUCUGAUCUACACCUACGAUCCAAACCCGAAUCGCAUUUUUCUGCGAGUUUUCUACAUGCCAUACUUGCACAUCUUUGGAUACGGCUCUUCCAUCGAGGAAGAGAUGGAUGUGGGCCAGGAACUAAACUGCACAGACAAUGUGACUUUGAUUGAGAGCGGUGAAGAGCCGUGUAGAAAUCAGGAUAGUAACUGGCUGGUAGUGAUUCUGCUAGUCGUAUAUCUCCUGGUCACCAACAUCCUGCUCAUCAACCUAGUCAUUGCCAUGUUUAGCUACACUUUCUCUGAAGUGCAGGAACACAGUGACACCUACUGGAAGUUCCAGCGUUACAACCUGAUUGUUGAGUACCACUCCCGUCCUUCUUUGGCUCCUCCUUUCAUUAUCCUCUCACACAUCAAAGUCUUUUUCAAGAGGGUCAUCCGCAAAGUGCCCUCUGUAAAGAUCCACCACUUUGUGUUAGACUUGGAAGCAAAGGCAGCGAACAGAUUAUCAACGUGGGAAACGAUUCAGAAGGAAGACUUCCUGACUGCUCGAAACAAGAUCCAGAAAAGUAGCGACUCAGAAAGGCUCAAACGGAUGUCUGCCAAGGUAGAUGAUGUGCUUAAACGUCUGACUGAAAGCAAAGAGUUUGAACACAGACUACAGGCUCAGAUGGAGCAUUACUCAACUGUCCUCAAUUGGGUUGUGGAUAUUUUAGCCCAAGGAAGUACAUUCAAACCUCCUCGUCCCCCACCUGCAUUACGAGAUUCACUCCCCUCCUCUUCCAGAUCCACUGGAUUUCAGCCUUAAAUUAAUACGGUCCCUUAAAUUCACUUCACUUCAGGAGGCAAUGUAAAUCAUUGCAUGGGCUCAGGAACACUUCUGGAAACCAUUAUCUGUGAAACUAGUUCAUUGUGCCAUUCACAAAUGCAAGUUUAAAUUCUAUCAUGCAAGAAAAGAAAACAACAACAACAACAACAAAAAAACAUAUGAGGGAAUUGUAUAUGAUACAAGAACACCGCCAUAUUCUCUGGGCCAGAGCUUAUUUAAAAUAUAUUGAAGCAAAGUGAAAAACUGCUCUAUGGUCAGAUGAAUUGAAGUUUGAAAUGCUUUUUGCAAAACAUUAAUGCUGCAGUGUAGAAGCCUGCAUCUGUGAUGUUAUUGGGGUGCAAAGUGCCUGGAACUGGCGGCUUGCACAUCUGGAAAAUCAAAAUGAAACCUUUAAUUUUAACCUUAGGGUUUAAAAGCACAUGAUAUAUUCCAAUGUCUUAUUAUUUAUUUAACAAACACUAAGUAAAAAUAAUAAUGUCAGAGAUUUUUAUAGACUACAUCAUUUUUUGUUAUGUCCUGAUACCAUAAACUUAUAAAACUAUGGCGUGCCUUUUUUCACAUUACUGUAAUAUUUUUAAAAAAUCCUUCUCCUAUCUAAUUCUCGACACAAAAUCAAAAUGCCAAAUGAAUGAACAUAUUCCAUAGUAUCAGGCCUUUCUGGUUACUUGCCUGGUUACUUAACCUACAAGGAAAAGAACCAAAGGGUAAAAUGUGGGUUUCUUUUGAGUUCCAUUUUCAUGCAGAUGACGCAACUAUUUAUUGUUAUUAUCUUUUUCAUUAGUAAAAUUACUUGAAUUUCUUCAGUCUGUCUUAGAUGUUGUUCAGUGACAUUAAACGCAACUUCAGCUUGUGUCAAAUCCAAAUCCAGGGUAUUUUCAAAUGGGAAAGAGUUUUGUCCAAGCUGAGACUUUCUCUUAUCAAGUGCUGAUAGACUCUGCAAUGUUUUUUUUCCCUUUAUUGGAUUACUGUGAUCUGCUCUUUAUGAAUAUACCAGUCCAGUACCUAAAGUGUCUGGAUACUGUCUGUCAUUGUGCUUUAUGUUUUAUUACUGGCUGUGAAAAUCAUGUACAUCACUUUGUAUAUCAGCAUCUCUGUGUGUGAUUGUUUUUUUAUUUAUAAAUCUCUGGUUGGGCUGGUUGUCUACAUAUAUGUCUAUAUAGACGUGUGUCUGUAUAUGUGUCCACACUGUUUCUCUCCACUUGUCUGUGCUAAAUAUCAGUUGUGUUAGUUUCUUUGCUAUUAGAUUGUUAUGAGUUGUACUUGUUGAAACUUCUGGUGCCCUCUUGCACAGGUUUCUCUUGAAAAAGUGAAUUUAGUCUCCAUGAGGCUUUUACAUGAAUAAAUAAGGGAUAAUAAUA